AUGGAAAUAGACGGACCAGAUACGGGCAAGACAAUGACAACAGAGGAAGAAGGUCAAGACUACAGCAAGGACGAUUACAACGUGCUAAAAGUUGGUUCCAGCCAACCAGCUUACCUCUUUUACAUUGUGUCAGAUGAUGAAGAGCUGCCAUCGAUUAAACAUGGGGAGACAAUCACAGAUAGACGGAGCCCAUUCCAACCUCAUUUAGCGCCAGUGGUGACUCCUAAACAGGUUCAAUUUGUUCUUAACAAUUUGUAUGAAAACAAGAUCGCAAGUGCCACUCACAAUAUCAAUGAAUACAGGAUAUACUGUGAGGAUAAAAACUCUUUCCUGCAGGACUGUGAGGACGAUGGAGAAACGGCUGCUGGCGGGCGAUUGCACCAUCUUCUGCAGAUCCUGGAUGUUCGUAAUGUACUAGUGGUGGUUUCUCGAUGGUAUGGUGGGGUUCUGCUGGGUCCCGACCAUUUCAAACACAUCAACAACUGUGCCAGGAACAUACUCAUUCAAGAGGGAUACACAGACACCCCAGAGGAAGCUUCCAAAGCUGGAGGGAAGAACAAAAGACCUAAAAGCAAAAAGCCAAAGUAAACAGCACCAAAAACAGCC